UUAACAGCUGUACACACGCGCGCGCGCUGUAGGUUUGAUAUCAAAGAGAGAAGGAGGGAGGAAGGAGGCGUGAAGGAGAGGGAGACAGAGAGGAGAGAGAGAGAGAGAGAGAGAGGGAGAGGGAGGAAGAGAGAGAGAGUUGUUAGCAGAAACACAUUGGUGAGGACGGGCAAGCGAGCGCGCGGCACGGGGACCCGCCGGAAGAAGGAGCAGCAGCAGCUUCAGCGCGAGCUGGACGCAGACCGACCAAACACCGGCAGCACGAGCGACACCGAGGCGGUCAGCGGGGCGGAGAGGAGGUGGAGGAGGCACCUGCACCGCGACUCGUUCUCCCCCGCUGCCUCCGUCGUCUCCCCGCUCUCUUCCUCACCCCUCGUCUCUCUCGGACCGCCGCCGCCGCUUCCUCGUUAAGAUGGCUGACCCCAGCAGCGACGGAGAGGUACCGGAGAGCGCGCGCGGCUUCGCCCGUCAGGGAGCCCUCCGCCAGAAGAACGUGCACGAGGUGAAGAACCACAAGUUCAUCGCGCGCUUCUUCAAGCAGCCCACCUUCUGCAGCCACUGCACGGACUUCAUCUGGGGCUUUGGGAAGCAGGGAUUCCAGUGCCAAGUGUGCUGUUUCGUGGUCCAUAAGCGCUGUCAUGAAUUUGUCACCUUCUCCUGUCCGGGGGCCGACAAAGGACCUGCCUCUGAUGAUCCUCGAAGUAAACACAAGUUUAAGGUCCACACUUACUCCAGCCCGACAUUCUGCGACCACUGUGGAUCUCUUCUCUACGGGCUGAUUCACCAGGGCAUGAAAUGUGACCAUUGUAUGAUGAACAUCCAUAAGCGGUGCGUGGCCAACGUCCCGAGCCUGUGUGGGACGGAUCACACCGAGAGGAGAGGACGCAUCCACAUCUCUGCCCAGAUCACCGGGGAGGCUCUCAGCGUCACCAUCAAAGAGGCAAAGAACCUGGUACCCAUGGACCCCAACGGCCUGUCAGACCCCUACGUCAAGCUCAAGCUGAUCCCAGACCCCAAGAGUGAGAGCAAACAGAAGACCAAGACCAUCAAAUGUUGCCUCAACCCCGUCUGGAAUGAAAGCUUCACCUUCAACUUAAAAGAAAGCGACAAAGACCGCCGUCUCUCUGUGGAGGUGUGGGACUGGGAUCUGACCAGCAGGAAUGACUUCAUGGGCUCGCUGUCUUUUGGGAUCUCAGAGCUACAGAAACAAGGAGUGGAUGGAUGGUUUAAGCUGCUGUCCCAGGAGGAAGGAGAAUACUUUAAUGUUCCCGUCCAGCCAGAAGGAGAGGAAGGAAAUGAGGAGCUGAGACAAAAGUUUGAGAGGGCCAGGGUGGGUCCAGGGAAGCCCACAGACUCGUCUUCAUCCUCUGCAGUGUGCAAGUACGACAGCAACGGCAACCAGGACCGGGUCAAGCUCUCAGACUUCAACUUCAUCAUGGUUUUGGGGAAAGGGAGCUUCGGCAAGGUGAUGCUGGCUGAGAGGAAGGGCACCGAUGAGUUAUACGCCAUUAAAAUCCUGAAGAAGGACGUGGUGAUCCAGGACGAUGAUGUGGAGUGCACCAUGGUGGAGAAGCGAGUCCUUGCUCUGUCUGGGAAACCUCCUUUCCUCACUCAGCUGCACUCCUGUUUCCAAACCAUGGACCGAUUGUAUUUUGUCAUGGAGUACAUAAACGGAGGUGACCUCAUGUAUCAGAUUCAACAGGUCGGCAAAUUUAAGGAGCCUCAUGCUGUGUUCUACGCUGCAGAGAUCGCCAUCGGACUCUUCUUCCUUCACUCCAAAGGCAUCGUGUAUCGGGAUCUGAAGCUGGAUAAUGUGAUGCUGGACGCUGAAGGCCACAUAAAGAUCGCUGACUUCGGCAUGUGCAAAGAGAACAUGUACGACGGGAUCACAACAAAGACUUUCUGUGGGACACCAGACUACAUCGCUCCUGAGAUUAUAGCAUAUCAGCCUUAUGGGAAGUCUGUGGACUGGUGGGCAUUUGGAGUCCUGCUCUAUGAAAUGCUUGCAGGACAGCCACCAUUCGAUGGAGAGGAUGAAGAUGAGCUGUUCCAGUCCAUCAUGGAGCAUCAUGUCUCGUACCCUAAAUCCAUGUCCAAAGAAGCUGUUGCUAUCUGCAAGGGGCUGAUGACCAAGCACCCAGGUAAGCGUCUCGGCUGUGGUCCAGAGGGGGAGAGAGACAUCAAAGAGCACGCCUUCUUCCGCUAUAUAGACUGGGAAAAACUGGAAAAUAAAGAGGUCCAGCCCCCUUUCAAACCAAAAGCUUGUGGGCGUGAUGCGGAGAACUUUGAUCGCUUUUUCACACGCCACCCCCCAGAGCUGACCCCCCCAGAUCAAGAGCUUAUAGCCAACCUGGACCAGGAAGAGUUCCAAGGCUUCUCAUUUGUUAACCCUGAGUACCCUCACACAACUCACUGACCAUGCCACAUAUCACCGGGCUGCACUAGUAAUCCCCCACACCUCGGAAACAAAGUGAAAACAUGAAAACAACACAAAAUAUCACCACGUUGUCAUCUACGGGCUGCAUUCAGCAGGGUGAAAUGUCCAAGGAUUGGUCCACAUUUUAGGGGGAAAUGGUUUGUUUUAUUUCCUGAGCGCUGGAUGAGGAGAUUGAUGCCAGUCUCACGUGUGCAUGGAGUACAGAGCUGUAGCCAGCAGGGGAUUAGCUUAGCUUAGAUUACAGACUGAGAGCCGGAAGCAACAUCUGUACUAAAAUGACAAAUAACUGCUUUCACUUCUUCAAGAAGAUGUUUAACAAGGUGAAAUGUCUAAUUACUUGUAAAAUUGCAUUAUGAAAGUCAUCCAAGAGCCCAAAGAUUCUCCAGCAUCCACCUGCAAAGCAAAGGUCAGAUGACAGGUCGAGACAAUUUUAGGGCCUAUGUCCAUGAACGCUGUUUUUGGGGGUGGCAGUAACCCCCUUUUUAAAGAUUUAUUUUUUGGCUUUUUAUGCCUUAAUUGAGCCAGGACAGUGCAGAAACCAGAGAGAGAGGGAGUGAGGGGAAGGAGCCACAGGUCGGUGUUGAACCCAGGUUGCCCACGUUGGGUAUGCCAACUUGAACCCUGGGCUAUCAGUCCCCCAGAACCCUUUUUUAAAUAAUAAAAUAUAAUGCAGUUUGGUGUUUCAGUAGGGAUGCAAGAUAUUAUUAGUAUGAUCCCAGUAUCAGCAGAUAUUAGCUUCAAAAGUAAAAAAUAAUUAUUGGCAAAUCUAAAAAAUUCUUUCCAUAUUUACAAUUGUUAUUUUGGAUAUUAAAAUCUGCCUUUAUCAGCUGCAAAUAUCAGCUGUAUGAACAAAUAAGUGAGGGGAGUUUUAGGCCGGAUCAACAGACUUAGCUCAGCAGAAAUCUUUUUUUAUCAAUCCCCAUCAUUCCUUGCCUUUUAAAGUCUGUUUUAGGGGCUGAUACUUUUUAAUUUGUUUAUCCACAAACUUUAAAUUAUGUUUGAAGGAAUGAUCUUUGGGUCCGAACAACAUUAAAAUAUCGGUAUCAGAUUAUUUUGUAAAUAUCAGGAUAUUUGAGAUUGGCAAAAAUCCAUUGUAGUGCAUUAGGGGUUUGACUUAAACCUUGAUUUCUCGUUGAUAUGAUUCCUUGCAAGAAAGCAAAGAAGUGGUCCAAAUGAAAUGGAAAGUACCCUGCUUUUGCUCCUGACGCUUUAAAGUCGUUUAUGUGGCAGCUAGUCAAGAUCAGAAUUCGACUCCGCAGCCUGUUUCAAUCAACGCUGACAUUCCCUACGCAUGGGGAGGGAAUUGUAAAGGACGGCUCAUUUUUUUUCGCUAUUUUAAUCUUAAAACAGAGUUUUAUUAGGGCUUUUCAGCCCUCUGUGUUUUUUUUACUGCCAAUGGAUUUUCAGUUUGAAAAGAGAAAUCAAAACAAGAAGGAACACUUUUACCAAUUACUGUUUAAAAACAGGAAAACAAAAUAUGGGGGGAAACUGCCUUUGGUGCUUUCAGGGAGUUCAGAUUGAAGUGAAAAAUGGUUCAUUUUUCAUCCUUUUGUUUUUGUGUUUUGAUCAAAAAGGAAGAUCAAAGAAUGCAAUACUGGAGAAGGCUAUCAACAGUUUUCUGUUUUGUUUUCUGUUUUUCUUAAUCAGAACACCAAACAUUAAGAUAAGAAAUCAGUUUUAUUGAUUCAUUUCUUUUUUUAAACAAAAGAACUAGAAGAAAAACAGGAAACUUUUUUGUUUUUCUAUAUUAUUUAGUCUCAGUUUGCCUUAAAGGAUCAAAGUCUGUUUGCCUGUUUUCAAACAGUAAUUAGGAAACAGCCUCUUUGUUUCUUUUAGAUUUCUCAUCCCAAAUAAAAAUCUAUUGGCUGUAAAAUAAUGAGCCACUUUUGACAAAAAAACAGCACAAAUACACUUGAUUUGAGUCCUUGCAGUAUAAUGCCAGAACAGGUAUCUGUUUUUCCUUCUUUCCUUAUACCUUUUUCCUUUGUUAAACUUCAUCAAAUAAACCAUUUAUAAGUGCACCAGUUUAGCUCAGUAUGUAGAGCAGACUUCAUAUACGGAAGCUGUAGUCCUCUGUGCAGUGGUUGCUGGGUCUCUGCACUGUUUGGUUCUACCUAGCCCCCACUCUCUCCUAAUAUGUCCUGUCCCUCUUCAGCUGUCCUAUCCAAAAAAGGCAAAAAAAAGCCCCCAAAAAAACAUCUAAAAAGAAAAAUAAAACUAAUAUAAAAUUUUAUAUAAAAGCUAGUGAAAGGAUAAAGGCCGUUAAGCAUUUUGUUUGCAUUGUUAGCUUGUUUGUUAACGCUAUAAGAAUCUAAUCUGUGAGAACCCUCUUGCCUGCAGAGGGGAAACUGUGGAAAGUUUACCCUUGCUGUUGUCAACAGUAGUUUAGUUGUAUCUCAUCACUGUGAAUUGAAUGUAAUCAAUGAAAAGAGUACAGUCAUCAUCAGCUUUACUUUUUACUUUCCUAACAGAGACGUAGUAAGCAUGCUAACCGGCUAAUCUACGAUGAUGAACACAAUCAACUCUGUUUAAACCUGCUAAACAAAGGCAAGCUAAGAAUCAUGGAUGAAAACUUCUUUAACUUCAGGAGGGAAGUUUUGCUUACCCGGGUAUCAUUAGUGUUUGAUUUUUACUAGUACCUUAUUUAAGUUUAAAAUGCUGGUCUCAUGACAUGCUAGCAGAAAAGCUCUCCAUCAGUAGCCUAUGACCUUGGUGUGACCUUUGCCCUUUUUUCUAUAGGUUCUACCCCAUUAGAAACUCUUAAUGUCCCUGCAGCUCUGCACUUCAUGUGACCACAUAAGAGUGGCAUCAAUCCCCUCAUUUCAUUCUCAGAAAUCAAGCUGAGGAAGUGUAUUUUACAAAAUGCAACAACUAUUUAUGUGAAUAAGAUGCAGAUGGAAAUGCAGACAGGUAUUCCAGUCCAGUGCUAACUUUUAGAAGAAUAAUCUUCUUGUGAAGUGUCAAGUUGCCAGUAUGAAACUCGUCUUGUUUCCAGUGAUGAAACUGAUUAUCAGAAUCCCUUGGUUAGCAUGUCAUAGUACACUGCUGCUCUUAUAUCUAUGGAAACCCUAAGCAGACAUGCAUCCAUGAAUUUUAUUUUAUUCCAUUUUCCCAUGAUAGCAAGAUGUUACUGAUUGUUUUCUUCAGAUUUACACAUUUUUAUGCAGUCAUUUCAAGAUAACUUUGCUGUUUUUUCCUUACUGAGGGGUUAAUUUCUUGAGAUCUUGAGAAAAUGACAGAAAUUUGCUCAUUAUCAGAGGAAAGACGGCAUUGUUAUGCAAAACAACAAGCAAAUAAGUAAGUUAAAAUCUUGAGAAAACCUUGUUAUCAUGGGUUGUUUCACUGGUGAAAUAAAAUGUUAGAUGCAUGUUAAGUUUGGGCUUGCAAACCUAUCAGCUCUACUGGCUGUAUUUCUAUCUUACGUGCAGAAAUGUCUCUCCUGAAUGCCGCCUAGCCGCUCUCACCAGCAGGUUCACAUCCGAGUCUGACCUCUGGUCUGACCUGCUCCGUCUCUAUGUCACCCUCCUCCUCCUUGUAAUUGCAUAUUGAAUAUGACGACCUAUCAGUGAUAUUGCUGAGUGUACUAUGAUCACAUAUUGCUAAUAUUCAUACAGUGUAAGUGAAAACUGACAACUUGCUUUGCUAUGAUUGUUUGAGUAAUCCGUCUCCUAAUGUUGACUUUCCUUUUCAAUGGGACCAAAAACUUCUACACUUUAUGUUAAGUCAGUGCUGUGGUGAGCUUAUCUUUCAACUGAUUUAAUUUAGCCAGAGGUUAGAAGUCUGUGUACAUGCAAUCUGCAAGAGUUUAAGUUUGUAUCAAGUCUGCGAUUUUUGACUGAAAGCUCAUUUUUUUCUCACUUUCUUUUUACAUUCACCACAUAACACUGUGCAUUUAUUAACGGAGGGCAUAUCUCUUAGAUUUUAAACAACCAUUUUUGGAGGAUUUGACAUGUUACAAAGCUCAGUCAAGUCUUGUGAGGGUGGUAGUCUGUUAGCGUACAAAAACAGGAUGUUCAAAAGUGCCAAACUAGGAUUCAGAAUCAUGAGGAUGAAAAAAUUGUCCUCAACAACUGUGAUGAAGUGCAGCCAUCUUGUGCCAUUUUGCAGUAAAUGUAUAACUAUUAGAAUAUGCAUUAUAGCUUAUCUGUUAUCCAACGACACAAAACCCUUGGAAAGUUAUUUUCAUGUAUAAAAAUGAAUGUCUGAUAAGAGAUGUUUUAUUGUGAGGCAGAUUGUAUAACUUUUUUUCUUUUGUAACUGUGUAACGAUGCAGGAUAGUAAUGUGUCAAAUCUUGUCCUUUGAGCUUGUAUCAAAAAAAGGGAGUUGGCAUCGCAGGUUUUUUCUGCUAUACAAAGAUGCUAAGUGAUAAAGACGAUUAUUCUUACAGUGUGAAAAAUGAAGGCACUUAUUGUGAUGAUGGUUUAAAAAGAUGUGAGAUGAGCGAUAGUAAAGGGAUUAAUAAAUAUAUAAAUAAAUAUAUCUGAGAGAGAUUUGGAUUAACUGUUCUGGAUGAGAGAGAUGCUUCUGUGAAUUGUGUAAUUGUCCUGUAUGACUGGAAAAUAAUAAUAUACUCACUGGUGCCUACCAGA